AAACAUAGACAUUGAGUGACAAAACCAAACAUUGAGCUAAUGUUUCAAUGAAUCACACGUUUCACUCAUUGAUGACAACAAACGGUGUUUUUUGACAAUUAGUGGACAUUUCAAACAAACAAUUGAUUGUCAAAACACGUGUUAUUUAUUGUCUAAUAUUGUUAUUUGUAAUCAAAACAAACAUUUAGUAGUUUUGCAUUCAAUAGUCGACACAAUGCUAUAAAUCAUAUGAUUUUACUAUACAAUUGAUAUCUCAUAUAUUGAUAACCACUUGCUAUCAAAUUGUGACAAAUGGGUGAUUCAGACGUUAUAAUCGAGAAGUGGAGGAGAGAGCAGAUACUCGGCUCCGGAGGGUUUGGUGUCGUCAGUCUGUGGACUAACACUGAGACCAAUGAAAAGAUUGCACUCAAACAGUGCCGAUGGAGUGAUACAAACGCUGGGAUGACUGCCAAACAUAAGGAGCGCUGGAAACAAGAGGUUGAUAUAAUGCAACGGUUGAACUGUCCUAAUGUUGUCCGUGCAGUGACUGUCCCGACUGUAUUAGACUUACCGAAAUCGGAACUCCCGAUACUCGGAAUGGAGUUCUGUAGCGGAGGUGAUCUGAGACGUGUGCUCAACAAACCGGCCAAUUGUUGUGGACUCAAUCAACUAGAAGUCAGACAAAUUCUGCGACAGGUGUCGACAGCCAUUGAAUAUCUUCAUUCGUUACGAAUUAUUCACAGAGACUUAAAGCCUGAGAAUGUAGUUCUUCAGCCACAGACUGAUGGGUCAAUACUUUAUAAGCUGAUAGACUUGGGUUACGCUAAAGAGUUGGAUCAAUCAAGUCUUUGUUCAUCAUUUGUUGGGACUCUUCAGUAUUUGGCUCCCGAAUUGUUUCUUAGCAAACAGUAUUCUUCAGCAGUCGAUAACUGGAGUUUCGGACUCUUAGCCCAUGAGAUUAUAGUCGGUCGAAGACCAUUCCUUCCGAAUUACAGUCCCGCUCAGUGGAUACCAAUUGUAUCCAAGAAGUCAUCGACCGAUAUCUGUGCCAAUGUUGACGCCAAAGGCAAUGUCACCUUUUCUAAAGAGAUUUCCCAAUACAACCAGAUUUGUUCAUCACUUAAAUUUAUUUUAGAAAAUUAUCUUCGGAUGGUUCUGGAAUGGGAACCAAAGAAAAGAGGUGGCAAAGAAGCCUUUCAAAUGUUAGCACAAAUUCUUAAUAAAUAUAUUGUUGAGGUAUUUGUCGUCAAUACUCUCGAGUAUUAUUCAUAUGAGAUAACAGAAGAGACGCGUCUACUUGAUCUUCAAUUGCUUAUCGAUUCCAAUACUUCAAUCAAUUGCAAUAAUCAAAGAUUAAUUUUACCGAAAGGACUCAUACCUCAGGAAAAUAUUGGAAAACAAAUUAUAGAUAAUUGGUAUAAACGAGGAGAGACUGAAAAUAUAGACAUUCAGCCGAUCUCUAUAUUAUUAUUUGACAAAUCAAAAGUACCCGAAUAUAACAGUUAUUCUGCGUGUGUUAUUCCUCAGUCCAUUGAAGAAAUUAUGUUAAACCCGACGGGACUGAUGCCAUACGAGGAACAGAAGAAUGCUUGGCGUCACGCCAUUUGGGUGGCACAACAGGCGACCAAAAAGUAUCGGACAUUACACGAGGGUUUUAAAAGUUUUUUGAUGACUUGUCUCAGUUCCCAAAAUGCAAUGCAAAAGUUAAGCCAAAAAGUUAACAUUGAGUUUAAUAAACUCUAUGCUAUUACACAGUUCUUUAAGAAUUCAAUUAAAAUGAAUUUAGAGAAUUGCGAAAAGUGUGCGAAUAUCUCAUCCUUACCACUGUUGCGGUCAUCUAAAGAAGCUCUUAUAGAGUUAAGUGAAGCCUAUGCUAUGUCUGAAACAAUAAACAGUUUGUUUGCAAAAUCACAUUUAAUUGUAACCAAAGUUAUUGAUGCCCAAAGAAAUCCACAAUUUAAUGCAUUUAUUAAAUCGAAACCAAUAGACGAAUCAAUUUAUACAAUCUAUGAGUCGAUACUCUUUACUUUUGAUCAAUUGAGGAAAAGAUCGAAAGAGGAAAGGAAUAAAAAGUCAGACAAUGAAGUUAUGGUAAAACUUCUUUGCGAAUGUUUCCAAACUGAAGAAAAAUUAAUGAAAGAUAUUUACUCUAAUAUAAGAAAAAUAAUUGAUAUUUUGCGUCAAAUCGAAAGCCAUGAAAGAGAUUUACAAUUGAUUUUGAAAUCAGUCUCACAAUCGACACAUAAAUUAAAUCUAUUGCAACUUAAAGUUCAAAACGAUUUGUGGUCUUAUAUUAAUUCAGAAGUAAAAAACAAACCUUUAAAUAAUAACAUUAAUUGUAAUUCAAUUGGAAAUUCAAGUGAAGAAUUAGUCAAAGAAAAUGAAAGACUUAUGAAAUCAAUUGAGACAAUCAUUUCACGUAUGAAUUCAUUUGAUGGCAAUGACUCUUCUGAUGAUUCAUUUGUUCAUUUUCCAUUGAAUAUAUCUGUUAACAAUACAACUAUUGGUGAUAAUACCGAAUCGUUUUAUUUGUUUUGUCUGACAAUAGUCUUCAUAUGGUUCUCAUUUGGUUUACUAAUCAUGUAUUCAUUUUAUAAAUAUGUUAGUAAAAGAUGGUCUAAAAAGUCUUCAAUUUUAGCAAAUGUCUAUAUAAUAACCAUUGUUGGAGUCAAUCCAUCGAUAACUUAUGAUUACGACUAUACGUCUAUACGUUUAGAUAUAAAUGAUAAAAAUAAUCGAUUAAUUGUAUCACUAAUAAUGAGACCCAUUUGGACUUUUUAUGCGAUACAACCAAAACCCGAUCCUAUAUAUCGCAACAAUUUAGAGAAACAAAUAAAGAUCAACAGUUUGUCCCGUCAGAUACCACUCAUAGGUGUUUUUAAAUUAAUUACAGACAAAAAAUUGAAUAAAAUAAAGUCAAUGACUUUGGGACACGACUGUCCUCACAUCGACGCAUCUCUUCUGAUCCGAUGCAUUGAAGUAACAAAUAUUAAGUCAUUAGUGUCACACACUUAUCCAUUGAAUGCAUAUAUCAAACAUAUGUCUCGAUCGACAACUUUUACAUUUAACACAUCAAAUGUCAACUUAGAGUUUGAAGAAUCGCAAGAUAUACCACCAGAAAUAUCACCAGAAGGAUUGAAACAAAAAGGUUAUGAAAUGAUAGCUUUUGAGUCAAAGUCAUUACAAAUUAAAAACCUUAGAAAUACAUCAUUUUGGGCAUCAAUUUGGCUGAAAGAAGCUCUUAAACAACAUAAUGGUCUCGAAAGAGCAAUACUUUGUGAUGUUUAUGAUUUGUCUGAUUCACCGAAAGGACAAAUUGCUACAAACUUUGUUAAGAACACAACUAAACUAUUCGGUGAAGAAAAUGCUAAAACUAAUACUUCGGUUACUUUUGCCGCAAGAAUUAUUCAACAAAAAGGAAUGGCUUUAAGUGUAUCACAAUAUGGCAGACAUAAGAAAGACAAACAUCAAGAAUAA